UGCUGGGGGGAUCUGGAGAUCAGAGAAGCGAUGAGCGGCUGGGUCGUGUCUGCUCAGUUACGGUGGGUGCUUGGGACUUGUGAAAGGCUGACGGCUCUUUCGAGAUUACAGAUUGUACGGCAGCAUCUGAUGUCUACAAAUGCCAAUCUGGAAAAGGAAGUGAUCUUGACAAAGUCUGGAUCUACUGGAAUAAUCACAUUAAAUCGGCCAAAGGCCCUUAACGCUCUGAACCUUUCCAUGAUCAGACAGAUCUACCCCCAGCUUAAGAAAUGGGAGCAAGACAAUGAAACCUCGCUGGUGAUUAUUAAAGGAGCUGGAGAAAAAGCUUUCUGUGCUGGUGGUGAUAUUAGAGCUGUUACAGAGGCAGGAAAAGUUGGAGACAGAUUGGCAGAAGAUUUCUUCAGGGAAGAGUAUAUUCUAAACAAUGCAAUUGGAAACUGCCAGAUUCCAUAUGUAGCCCUUAUUAAUGGAAUAACAAUGGGUGGGGGUGUUGGCUUAUCAGUGCAUGGACACUUCCAGGUUGCAACAGAGAAAACACUGUUUGCUAUGCCAGAGACAGGAAUAGGUCUGUUUCCAGAUGUAGGAGGAGGUUUCUUCUUGCCAAGACUGGAAGGGAAACUUGGAUUGUACCUUGCCUUAACAGGAUUUAGAAUUAAAGGACGAGAUGUGCAUCAAGCUGGAAUUGCUACUCAUUUUGUGAAGUCUGAUAAGAUCCCAGACCUGGAGAGAGAUUUGGUGUCUUUAAAAUCACCUUCAAAGGAAGAUGUUGCAGAUUUGUUAAACUCAUACCAUUUCAAGUGCAAAGCUGACCAUAAAUUUGUCUUGGCAGAGCACAUGGACAAGAUUAAUAGACUUUUUGAAACCAACAGUGUUGAAGAAAUACUAGAAAAUCUGCAGGAAGACAGUAGUCCAUUUGCAGUUCAGAGUUUGAAGACACUGAAGAAAAUGUCUCCCACGUCCAUGAAGAUUACUUUUCAACAGCUUCGAGAGGGAGCCACAAAGAAUCUGGCAGAAGUUUUAGUUAUGGAGUACAGACUUAGCCAAUCUUGUAUGAGAGGUCAUGAUUUUUAUGAAGGUGUGCGUGCAGUUCUGAUUGACAAGGAUCAGUCCCCAAAGUGGAAGCCAGCAACCCUAGAAGAAGUGACAGAGGAAUAUCUGAAGAGUUGUUUUCAGUCACUUGGAAGCAAGGAACUCAAAUUGUAACUGGGAAUAUGUUGCUGAUCCCUAAUUGCACUAUGAAUCUGAUGACGAAAUGGAUAAAUGACUUGGGAAGUGAAAAAAAAAUUUAUGCAUGAGUUUGCAAUCUGGUUUUUCUUUUCAUGAAAUUAACCGGCUUAUUUACAUCUGACGCAUUUAUCAAGUGAAAAUAUUGUAGUACGUAUAUAAUAAAUGUACUGAAGCACUAACUUUGUGUAUUUUUGCUGGGUCAUGGGUAUCAGCUCUCAUGUAUUUAUUUAGUAUCAUUCAUUUUAGAAAAUGCUCUGACUUCACAGAGAUAAAACAAAAAUUCUUGCCAUGUCCACAGAAUACAUUAUUUGGAGGACUGGCCAGAGAAAACUUUUAAUGAGAGUGUUGAGGUAGGAAAAUGUUUUAUUUGGGGAUUUGAGAACAUCCAGCCUCAUUUAACUGAAAGUAUAGCUGCUGAUGGUAUGAUGACAAAACUUGUGGUGAUGGGUAGGUGCUGUAAGAAUGUGUGCCGUGACAGAACAAAAAGGAAUUUGAGAGGUUGAAGCCAGAAGAAUGGUGACUUUGGGAAGGGUUGUUUUCUGCAGCAUUGGAAGAAGCAGCAAAGAAGAGUAGGACACAUUCAUGACAUGAUGUAAACAGCUGUCUGGAAACAGUGUAAAAAGAGCUGUGGAUACACUAAAAUUUACAGAAAAAGGCAAGCCAACUUAGAGAACAUUGCCAGGAGUUAAUUCUUUUUCAAAUGAUUUAGAUGGCUGCUGUACUGAAUUUAAAUGCCAGAAUUUAGUUUUGCUUAAAUGUAAUUUAGUUUUAAAGAAACUCAUUCAGAUGCUUAAAAAAAAUUGUUUGGUAAUUGAAUAUUCUCAAAGGUAAGUAAUUCAGUGAGAAAUAUAUCAAUGAGGGAUUAUUUAUGUAACAUUGAAAUUAUUCAGUAAUUCCUGGCAGUCAAGAGUUAGUUUCAUACCCCAUAAAGGAUGCAAUAAAAUUUACUGAUGCUUAUGGGAAAUGGCAGGCCAAAGUCAACAAACAAAAGUUACUAUCUGAGCUGCUACAUAAUACUAGGAGUCCAGUGUCGACACAGCUCUGCCAAAUCAAAAGUUCAAGAAGUUCAGAAUUUUCUGACUUCUGCCGUAUGUUUUGAGGUGAUGAAAUGGUUUGACUAGGUCAUCAUGGAAUUUGGCUUCUGGACUGGUAUUAAAAUAGUCACACAUCUUACAUAUAGUUCCCUUUUAUCAAGUACCCACGCCAAAUUGACUGUGAAAAGAUCUGGUUUGUAAUAUUUUUAGUGAUACAAAGGUACGGUAUAGAUGAAGUUCUCGUUCAGAGAAUGACUUAUUGAUGUAUCUUUGAGAAUUUUUAAUUAAUGUCACAAAUACAAGUUGUUACUGAAGGCAGAGUUUACAGUCAGGUAUGUUAGCUAAAAAUAUAUUAUGGUACUAUAAAAGGAAAAACCAUGUACCCACGAACAGGUUAACAUUGACGCUACAGCAUACCUUUGAAUAAUGAUGAGAAGGUUUAAGUUCUUAAGUACCCAGUGCCUCUCUUAAUUCUUUCUUUGAUUUCUGUUGUGGGGAAAUCUGACUUUUCUUCCUUUAUUCACCUUAUAACAAAGUUUUUAGAGGGUUUUUUUUAAACUAUUUCAAUAGUUUUCUGUUGGUUUUGAUUUUCUGCCCUUGAAGGUGAAAGAAGGGGAGGGGGAGAAGUAUCUUCACUACCUAGAAACAUAGGUAUUGCAGGGUGAAAGAAGAGUCAUGAUUCAUCUAGUUUCUGUCUGGUUAGAUGCAUGAUGCAAUGGUAAUAUAGUUGUUGACUUCACAUGAUGAAAAUUGUGUAUUUAAGAUAAAUCGCCACCUAUCCACCAAAAGCAGAUAUAUAAACUUGCCACAUUUGAUUUUGUGCUACUGUGUUAUCAGCUGUUCUACUCGCUUGAAUGCCAUCUUAUCAGCCUUCAAGCAGUCAAUGUGCCAAAAUCCUGAUCUUCUUCACAAUUGAACACAUUUCAUGGAUUGCAAGGGAUGCUCUAAAACAAGUCUUCAGUGAGAAAGGUAGAGGCAGAAUCUCAGGAUCAAAAAGAUUGUCUAGUUCAAGUGUGAUGAGUACAAACAACUAUCAAUAAUUUCUUUUUAGAAUUAAUAUUAAAAUGUCAUGUUUAAAUAAGCAAAUAUAUGAAUGAUUAUACGUAGCAUUAAGACAAAUACAUCAGACAAUUCACCUUGAAUUUGACAUCCAGAAUUGUGAUGAGGGGUUUCUGAUAUUAAUAAUUUUAGAGUUUGAGUUUUAAAUAGUGACAUGUGGAUUUCUUUCUGGAGAGUUUAAAAAUAUUUAACAAGGUCAGACAGACCGUCCAGAACAGUGAUCUCAACCAGUUUUUUCUAACUCGUGGAGCAUUGGCCUAUUGGCUCAGUCAACAUUUAUUGCCCGUUCCUAGUUGUCGUUGCAAAAAUGAUGGUGAACUGCCUUCUUGAACCACUACACUUCAUGUGUCGUAUGUAGACCUACAAUGCAAAUCAUGUAUUCCACAAUUUUGAUCCAGUAGCAGUGAAGGAACAGCAGCAUAUUUCUAAUUUAGGAUGAUGAGUGGCUUGGAGGGGAAGUGCAGGUGGUGCUGUGCCUGUGUGUCUGUUGCCUUGUCCUUCUAGAUGGUGACGAUUGUGGGUUCGGAAGGUGCUGUUUAAAAAACCUUUGGAAAAUGUCUGUAGUGCAUCUUGAAGGCAGUACACACUACUACUACUGAGUGCUGUAGUGACUAAAUAUUUGUGGAUGUUUGUCAUUCAAGCAGGCUUCUUUGUCCUGAAUGGUGGCAAACAUCUUGAGUGUUGUUAGGGCUGUUGUGGUUCAUCCAGGCAAGUAAGGAAUAUUCCAUCACACUCCUCACUUAUGUCUUCUAGAUAGUAGAUAGGCUUCAAGGAUUUGGGAAGUAAAUUGUUCCCUGCAGUAUUCUGAGCCUCUAAUCUACCCUUCUAACCAGUGUAUUUAGAUGUUGAGUCCAGUUCAGUUUCUGAACAAUAGUAACAUCCAUGAUGUUGAUAGUGGCGGAUUCUGUGAUGGUAACACCAUUGAAUGUCAAGGUGAAUGGUUAGAGUGUCUCUGAUUGGAAAUGGUUAUUGUCUGGCAUUUCUGUGGCACAAAUGUUACUUUCCACUUUUCAGCCAGUGCCUGGAUGUUGUCCAGAUCUUGUUAGCAUUUGAACAUGGACAGCUUCAGUAUCUAAAGAAUCAUGAAUGGUACUGAACAUUGUGUGACCAUUGGCAAACAUCCCCAGUUUUGACCUUAUUAUGGAGGAAAGGUCAUUGCUGAAGCAGCUGAAGAUGAUUCCAUCUAUACUAUCGUCAAGAACUCCUGCAGAAACAUUCUGACAAUAAUAUGACUGACCUCUUAAAAACAACUAUCUUCCCGUGUGCCAGGUAUGAUUUUAAAUAGCAGAGAGUCUUCCUCAUGAUUCUCAUUGAUUCUAAGUUGGCUGGGGUUCCGUGAUACCAGCUUCGUCAAGCAUGGCUUUCUGGUGAGGACUGUCACUCUCUCCUCACCUUAACAUUAAAGCCAUAGUUUUUGUGAGAGAAGUGGUAUCCCAUUGAAGUGUAAAUGGAAGAUUGUUUUUAACUGUGUGGUUUUAUGACAAGUGGGGUACACAUUGAAGGCCAUUAGCUUGAUUUUGUUUCCAGAUAAUUGAGGAUUGAUUUUAGCUUCAUACCUCCAGAGAUUGAAAGCUUUUAGGCUCUUGGAGGAGAUCUGACUGGGAUCAGAAGCAAAUGUACUUUUUCCUAAUUUUAAUAGAAAGUGCAGAGCAGUUAAAUAAAGCACAGUGACCUGAAUAGAAAAGUUUUGUUUGUGAAACUUUCAGAUCAGGAGUGUUUGGUUAGAAAUCUGCAUGUUAUUAAAAGCUGAGAAAUUUAAAGUUCUCAGUUCUGUGACUAUUCAUAUAAGAUGACAUUGAGGAUCACAGGAAAGGACUGGAGAGAGUCAGUGAAUUCAAACUUAAAACUUUACUAUCGAAGGGUGAUUUCUCUAGAUUUCAGUCUCUGUAAUGGAUAGUGUUGAAAUCAAGAUGAGACUUAGUUUUGCUUUGUGUUUUAAAGAUUUUUGGAACGGUUCUGUAUUUGGGUAGAUGUAUUU